AUGACGAAAGCUAUCGAACGCACUAAAUCUUUCAAUGAUUUCAUAUUCAGAGAAGAUGGCGAAAAUCUUGAGGGUGCUGUACUAAUCUCUCUGGGUGGAGGAUUCAGCGAUUACCAUCGUAGAAAAUGCGCUGUCGAUGUUGGGCUUAGUAGGAAGUGUAGUGGUUACUCCGUGGAUUUGCGUGAUUUUGUACAUGGAAAGGAAGUAGACAAAGAAGAGUUGAAGAAGCUAGUUGAAGAAACAUUUGGCCCACUUCCACCUGCAAAACUUCGUUUUGUAGCAGGUGUUUUUGAUCCAGCCAUGGUUUUGUACUUGACCAAAUUAGGUUUCGACCUUUUUGAUUCAUCUUAUGCAGUUAAAAUGGCCGAGGAGGUGAAUGUUUUCAUGCUCGCAUUGAAUGUUUUCAUGCUCGCAUUGCCGCAAGAACAUCAAAUUUAUAGUCAAAUCUCUAUCUCGUUGUUCCAGGCGAAAGCUCUUCGGUUAGCCGACGACUUCCCACACUCGUCACGUUUUGAGCUCCUGGACUUCAAUGAUGACAAGUAUGCGGAUGAUUACGACAAGUUGUUUGAUUCGUGCGAUUGUUACACGUGCAAAAACUACACUAGAAUGUACUUACGGCAUUUGACAAAUACUAAAGAGCUACUAGGGCCUAUACUGCUGGUGAUUCACAACAUGGCUGAGUACCAGCGAAUGUUUUCAUUGAUAAGGAAGGCUAUUGAUGAGGGAGAUGCAUUGUGA